GCUUAUCGAGUGAGGAAUGGCAAUAUGUGACCCAAGAGAGGUGGGUGAAGCAGGAACGACUUCUUCAUUCAUCGUACAAGUUUACUGGCCUGAAGGAUAUCCUGACGUUUUACCUUGAGAAAAUAACUGAAGAAUUAGUGUCUGUUGCUGAAGAUCAACUUGGCUCAGCACUAACAUUUAAUUUAAUUGAGUAUCUAAAGGAAAAUCAUGAGCGAUUUGCUAAGUCUUUUGCAGUUGACAAAGUAGAUAAGUCACAAAGCCAUUCAUUCUCGAGUGAAACCUCGUCGGUUUCUCGUAAACAGGAUAAACUACCUCAAUUAUCUAAAAGUCAAAAAAGGAAGCACCUAGAUAGACUAGGACAAGAUGGAGAGUUACCUAGAGGUUGGAACUGGGUUAGUGUAAUAAAACACCUGCAACAAACUGGAUCAGCAUCAUAG